GACAGAGACACUCUAUUCAUCUCUGUCUGUCUCGUAAGAACGCGGAUUUUGUUAUCCUUCCAUGUUGAUUUUACACAAUUAAACACGACUCAAUUUUCAUACAGUUUCCCCUAGCGAGUGUCGAGACCUGUUUAUAUGAUCGUGGACAAUAUAUGUAUGAUAUUGAACCCUCAUACGUAAUAAUAUAAAAAAGGUCUUUAAGAACAACUCAUCAUGUAAUAUUAAAAUAUUUACUUGUGAUACAUAAAGUCUUUCGACAUAAUCAAGGAAAAAGAAAGUAUAAAAUUAUGUCGACUUUAACGCGCAUGCGAUUUAUGAAUGGUGGGGGAAUGCUACGAGGAAAGAUAUUCCAUAUUUUCGAUCAAAGAAGUAUAUCUGCUCCUGCUUUAAAAAAGAACAAAAUGGGAAAACUUACUCAAGAAGAACGAGAAAAGGAUUUAAAACCAUUGUUAUCUAAUGGUUGGUCUGUGCAACAAAAUAGAGAUGCUAUUUAUAAGGAAUUCUUAUUCAAAAACUUUAAUCAAGCAUUUGGUUUUAUGACAAAAGUUGCAUUACAAGCAGAAAAAAUGGAUCAUCACCCUGAAUGGUUCAAUGUUUACAACAAAGUAAACAUCACUUUGUCUUCUCAUGAUGUGAAUGGUUUAUCACAGAGGGAUGUAAAACUCGCAUCUUUCAUAGACAAGGCUGCUAAAGUGGGAGAAAACUAAAUAUUAAUUUGUAGGAUAAUUUUUAAAUAAUUACAAUGGAUGAAUGAUAUGUUUCUAUGAUAAUAAUGUUAAUAAUGUUUUAGAAUUUUUU